CACUAGUUAGCUGUGGGACCUCGACAGACAGCUGAGAGAGAGUCGUAUAGCCAACGGGACUACCGCGAACUCAGAAAACAGAUCUCCAGGGUCAACUGAUGAGUAGCAGGUAGCCGUUGAAAGGUUGGGCUACACCUUCUGGCAAAGCGGGUCAGUGGUCCCAGUGAAGACGCUUGAGACCCCCUCCCCCCCCACCCGGUAGCGGUUAGCAUUUAGCGUGCUCGUGGCUACAGGACAGCAGAAGACAAGGAGAAGGAGGAGAGAAGAAGAGAGAGGGGAGGACAAGAGAGGCAGGAAGGAAAGGUCAGGAGUGAAGAUCGGCGAUGGUGCUGGCCAUGGAAGACACCCGGCCCAACGGGCUGGGGGCUGAGGAGGACCACCCCUCCGAGACCACCGCCGCCCCCACCACCACCACCCCCACCGCCGCCGCGGGGACGGGACAGCCCACCAGGGAGGGCUGCCCCGCGGACCACCAGCGCCCAGGAGCCCCUGACCCAGAGCCGGCCCCAGCCAUGCAGCAGGCGUUGGACCACCCGGGCGAGGUUCCCCCCGCCUCCCAGGGGGCCAAGGACAUCGACCUGCUCUUCCUGCGCGGUAUCAUGGAGAGCCCCACUGUACGCUCCCCCCCUCAGCAGGCACAGGAGCAGGUGGAGGAGGUGAAGCUUGAGGCGGUGCAGGACAACAACGUGGAGCUGGUGACGGAGAUACUGGGAGACAUCAGCAGCCUGCAGGUCCGCGACGACAGUGCCACCGAGCUGUCCAAGAUCCUCCAGGAGCCACACUUCCAGUCUCUUCUGGAAGCCCACGACAUCGUGGCCUCUAAGUGCUACGAGGUCCCGCCCCCGACGGAAAUGGCCAAUGACGCGGCGGUAAACAACGCUCUGAUGCAAGCCGACGCCGUGCGCAUGAUCGGCAUCCGCAAGAAGGCCGGAGAGCCACUGGGCGUGACCUUCCGGGUGGACAAGGAGGACCUGGUGAUCGCCCGCAUCCUCCACGGGGGGAUGAUCGACCGGCAGGGGCUGCUGCACGUGGGCGACAUCAUCAAGGAGGUGAACGGCCAGGACGUGGGCAACCACCCCACUGAGCUGCAGGACCUGCUGAAGGACUGCAGCGGGGGCAUCACCCUCAAGAUCCUGCCCAGCUACCGGGACGCCCCCGCUCCCCCACAGGUGUACGUGCGGCCGCACUUCGACUACGACCCCGCCCACGACAACCUGAUCCCCUGCCGGGAGGCGGGCAUGUGCUUCAAGAGGGGGGCCAUCCUGCAGAUCGUCAAUAGAGAGGACCCCAACUGGUGGCAGGCGUGCCAGGUGGAAGGCGGCGCCACCGGGCUGAUCCCCAGCCAGUUCCUGGAGGAGAAGAGGAAGGCCUUCGUACCCAGGGACUUUGAGGGAUCAGGUAUCCUGUGUGGAACGAUUUCUGGGAAAAAAAAGAAAAAGAUGAUGUACCUCACAGCUAAGAACGCAGAGUUUGACAGGCACGAGCUGCAGAUCUACGAGGAGGUGGCCAAAAUGCCGCCCUUCCAGAGGAAGACUCUGGUUCUGAUUGGAGCUCAGGGGGUGGGCCGGCGGAGCCUGAAGAACCGAUUGGUUGUCCUGACGCCAGAGCGCUUCGGCUGCACCAUACCCUUCACGUCGCGGCGUCCCCGUGACGACGAGCUGGACGGCAACUCGUACCACUUCACCACGCGGCAGGAGAUGGAGACGGACGUGAAGGCGGGCCGCUUCCUGGAGCACGGCGAGUACGACGGCAACCUGUACGGCACCAAGAUCGACUCCAUCCACCAGGUGGUGGACACCGGCCGCACCUGCAUCCUGGACGUCAACCCCCAGGCGCUGAAGGUGCUGAAGACGGCAGAGUUCAUGCCCUACGUGGUGUUCAUCGCCGCCCCAGAGUUCGACACCCUGAAGGCCAUGCACAAGGCCGUGGUGGACGCCGGCAUCACCACCAAGCAACUCACGGACGUGGACCUGAGGAAGACAGUGGACGAGUCGGCCCGGAUCCAGCGGGCCUACAACCACUACUUUGACCUGACCAUCGUCAACGACAACCUGGACAAGGCCUUCGAGACGCUGCAGGGGGCCGUGGACAAACUGUGCUCCGAGGCCCAGUGGGUCCCCGUCAACUGGGUCUACUGAGGCCCCGGCCCGGGCCCCUGGGAUCCUACCAACCUGGUCCCCGUACAGAACCCCCCCCCCCCGCCGCCCAAGCACUAUGGGACUGUGUGUGCGUGAGCGAGGAUGCAAGUGUGCCCACAAAGAUCGGGUGGGGGGGUGGGACAGGGGUGAGACAGGUGUUGGUAGGGGUGGAGGUGGUGGUGGGAUCUUCGGUCAGUGGAUCGGAUAUUUAUGCAAUCAAUCCUAGUCCUGUGUAGCCUAGCCCCUCCGCCCAGCCGCGCCCGCCCACAGCGGUAUUUUCUACGCAAAAAAAAACGAAAGAAAAAACUCAAAGGGAAAAGAGUGAUUAUUUAUUUUAGUGUUUGUAACUUUAUAGGAAAGAUCGUUCUACUUCAACCGCUGUAGAAUGAUAAACAAAACAAAAAAAACUAAAAAAACUAAAACUGGCAAAAUACUUUGGCUACGGUUUUUAUAAUUUAUUGAUGUUGUGUUGGGAUUUGUACUGCCCUUGUGCUCAGAUGUGGAGGCUAGUUUUCCAGACCCACCCAGAAAGAGGGGUCCACGUCCUAUCAGCUCCAGAACGAACACAAGCCCCAGCUAAGCAGACUGUCAUCCCAACUAUCAAUCAAUGCAACAUCAUUGCCCUGUUGUCGAAGCAGUAUGCGUAGCGUCGAUGUUUUUCAUAGCUGCCCUUUUCACCUAUAGCACUGAUUAACGGCCAGAGCACUGUAUCUAACUGGACUUUGAAUUACACAAUAUGGUUUAUAAUGUGCUACUUAAUGAUCAAACACUGUGUUCGUCUUAAACGUUUUGUUACCCUAGUCUUUGUUUUAGCUGAUCAUGAAUUCAUCUCCAGAUCUUAAUCGCCGUUUUAAUGGUUUACCUUUUGUUUUUGUUCGUAUCAAACGUGCCCAUCUCUGUGUCUUCUCCCUACGGUUCUCUACAGAGGCCGGUCCAUUAGACUACGAGUCUAGGCUCAGUGAAAGUCAUCUCCCCUCCUCAGUUGCUCACUUGAAAAACUGGAAUAUUCCCUUUGGUCCGACGUGCGGGAAAUCACUCACCUGUAAAAUCAUUUUUAGAUACAACACAUUUGAGAAGAAUAUUGUUGACCUAACAAAAUUGUUUUAUUCAGUGUCAAUAUUACUUAAGUUAAGAGUACUACAGCUAAUGGGUACAGCUGUUUGGUCCAAGCAGAAAGCUGUCAAAUGAUCAAUAAAUAAGGCUUAAACCUUUGUGCUAAGAUACAUGUUAUUGCAAACUUUUAAUUUCCAUUAUGGUUCUUUUUUUACAGUUUUCAAAUAAACCCAUGUCAGGACAUUGA